GCGUCCCGCGACCGGUGGGGCGUUGAGCCGAGCCGCAGGCCCCAUGGACGCCGAGAGCCUCCUGCUGUCUUUGGAGCUAGCAUCGGGCAGCGGGCAGGGCCUGAGCCCGGACCGUCGGGCCUCCCUGCUCACUUCCCUGACCCUGGUGAAGCGCGACUACCGCUACAGCCGAGUGCUCUUCUGGGGCAGAAUCCUCGGCGUCGUCGCCGAUUACUAUAUCGCGCAGGGCCUGAGUGAGAACCAGCUCGCACCGCGCAAAACACUGUACAGCCUAAACUGCAUCGAGUGGAGCCUCCUGCCCCCUGCCACGGAGGAGAUGGCGGCGCAGACGGCCAUGGUGAAGGGCCGCUUCAUGGGCGACCCCUCCCAUGAGUACGAGCACACGGAACUGCAGAAGACGAACGAUGGCGACAAGGCCUUUGAGGAAGAAGUGGUGGUCCAGAUCAAGGAAGAGACACGCUUGGUGUCCAUUAUCGACCAGAUCGACAAGGCAGUGGCCGUCAUCCCUCGGGGUGCCCUCUUCAAAACCCCCUUUGGGCCUAUUCAUGUCAACCGGACCUUUGAGGGACUGCCCCUGUCUGAGGCCAAGAAGCUCAGCUCCUACUUCCACUUCCGGGAGCCUGUGCUGCUGAAGAACAAGAGCUUGCUGGAGAAGGCUAGCCUGGACCCCUCGCUGGACUUCAUGGACUCCCUGGAGCAUGACAUCCCUAAAGGGUCCUGGAGCAUCCAGAUGGAGAGAGGCAACGCCCUGGUGGUGCUCCGCAGCCUGCUGUGGCCCGGACUCACCUUCUACCACACUCCUCGCACCAAGAGCUACGGCUAUAUCUACGUGGGCACCGGCGAGAAGAACAUAGACCUGCCCUUCAUGCUGUAGGCCAGGGUGGCUGCUCUUUGUGGCGACUGAGCACUAUUUUUCAUAAACAGCAACUUUUGUCCUUA